AAGUUACUCGUUCCGCUCCUCGUAUAAUUUCGUCACAUUUUGUUCAUAAUUCAUGGCGAAGCAGCUUCAGGUUUUUGUUCUUGUCGCGCUCAGCCUGGCUUUGACAUGCACAGCCACGACGUACGUGGUGGGGGAUAACUCUGGCUGGGACAUAAGCACUGACCUUGAUUCGUGGGCCAAGGGCAAGACAUUUUUCGUUGGCGACGUUCUACUGUUCCAGUUUUCUUCAUCUAAUAGUCUAGAGGAAGUGACGAAAGAAAAUUUCAACAACUGCAACACGACCAAUGUAUUGAAAUCCUAUACAAACGGGAACACAACCGUUACAUUGUCAAAACCUGGUCCCAGGUAUUUCAUAUCUGGAAACAAAUUAUAUUGCCUUGGAGGGAUGAAGCUCCAGCUAAAUGUAAAAGACAACAAUCAAGAAUAUUCUCCAGCCGGUGCACCUCUACCGGCAGAUGGUUCAAACCAGGGGGGUGAUGCUCUUCCACGGCCUUCUACAAAGAGCAACGUGCCAAUUUCAAGCGGAGUUGUGCAUGGCGGAUGGCAUGCCCUUGUGUCAGUUUGUCUAGGUUUUAUGGUUACUGUGUUAUGGGUGGUGCAAAUGAUCUAAAGUUUAUCAUUUUCAGAAACAUAUAUAGAUUUAUUAUAAGUUUAAGGUUUUUCUUAAUUAUUUGGACUUUGAAUAUUAUCUAUCAACUUUCCUAGCUUUAAGUGAUUAUUUGCUUAAUUAAUUACCAUCGUGUAAUGAGGAGUUUUAAUGAAACUUGUAGUACUUCUCGGGC